GCAAAACAUUUAAUUCACUCAAUCACCCUUCUUUUUGAAACAGAUAUUCAAGCAUUAUUAUCAAUUCAAGAAGUUAUAGCAAAUUCAAUGAGUAAAGUGGAGUCGAGAAUUCAGUUGCUGACAAGCUUGCCGAAAUUGAAUACUGGAACAAUUAUUCCUUUCUACCAACAGCAUCAUAACAAUAGCGAAGGAAAUCGUAAAACAGCAGCAGUUCCUUAUAAAACAAGAGCUAGGAAGAGCCAUGAUCUAACAAGCUAUUAUGCAGAUAACAGGAGUAGUUUUGCUACUAACUCUAUCAUCAACUCAUUUACAGCUUAUACACCGCCAUCGUCGCCCAAUCGAAAGGACCGUUUGCGGUCUUCGAUCAAAAGUACCAAAAGUAACCAAAUACAAGCAAAAUCUAGAGCUGCAACAAUCAAUACUUUAGCUACUGAAUUGACACAAAUGUUUGAAGAUGUUCUUCAACAAUACAACGCUGCUGAAACAAAAUGUAAAAAGUCAGACAGUGAAAUGAUCUUGGCACUUAAUGUACAGUCAAAUAUGUAUGAACAGCGUAUAAACGAACUGCAUCAGCAGAUAGAAAUAAUGCAAAGCGAGAGAACAAAGCGAUUUUCUGACGACUUUAUAACAGAUCUCAUUCAUAAUUACACAGAUACACAUGAGGAUGAUAAGGAAGACUCACAGUAUGAUGUGCUGCAAAUACGGCAAUUACUGGAGGCUAAUGAGCGAACUAUGCAAACUUUAAUUACUCAAUACGUUUGUAGUUUAGAAAAAGAACGACUCGAAAAUAAAACGUUAAGGGAGUUAAUUGAAAAGCAGGAUAAGCUGAUCUCUAUUCUACAAAAGAAAUUGAGUGAUAAUAGCCCAUCGACAGCAAAUAUUACUCGAAAUGAUAGGCGUAGAGGAUAUCAAUCAAUACAUAAUAGCGAGAAACUUUUGAAAGCGCAACUGGAACUUCAAGGAAUUGAAUUGGAGGAUAAAAAAAAAUUGCUGUCCGUCCUCAUUGAUGAACGUGAUGGUUUACUUAAACAAGUGAACGAACUCAGAACUUUGUCAUCGGCAGAAACAAUAGGCAUCCCCAAAAACCGAGUAAAUGACGAAAUCACACUGAAAGACGACCAACAACGAGACAGUGUAAACUCAAUCGAUAUUUUGGCAAGGAUUGCUCAAUCAUCAACUCCAACUUUGCCUGAAUCACCCACUCUAAGACAAACACCAACCUCACUUUCGCUAAAAAGCAAGUAUUCCUAUUUUGUUGAUCAAACAGCAAUACCGCAAAGCCCUCCUCCAAUAAGCCCACUGCCACCCACACCAACUUCACAGCAACCACAGCAACCCACUUUCCUAUUGUCAAAAUGUCAUAGCCAACGUGUACAGUCAAGUUGUCGAGAGCAUUUUGAAACGCAAUAUCGGAAUUCAAUGCAAGAGCAUCGGCAUCCUUCAUCCACGUCUCCUUUGAAGGUAGAUAAUAUUCCUUCGUCAAUACAAACGAGUGCUUCAGUUAUCAAGCCUAAUAAUCCCAAUACGACUACAACUACAAAACCUGCGCACCAUAAUUAUGGAAGUCUUUUCAAAGAAGAAGUAGUGCAUUCUCAUAACAAGAACCACCGUCAUUCUUUAACCUUAUCCUCCAUAAUCAAAAGUUUUAAAAGGCAUCCAUGACAUUGAAGAUGCUCUACUCCGUAACUUAAUGUUUGCAAUAUAAUAUACCCUAAUAAUACUUACAAGAUUUUGCUACUUUGCCCUUCUUCCAGAUCCUAAUAAAUAGCUACGUCCGAAAUUUAUCUUGAUUUGAUGCCUACAGUAAUUUGUCGUAAAGGAUUCAUAGACAUCGCAUUCAUAGUAAUAAUUCUUUUUAUCUAUUGCACCUAAAAAGGAAGAAAAAGGUUCAAAGCAAAACUGUCUGUGACGCUUAGCGGAGUGACGCACCAAAUGACGCAUGCGCUGCUUUUGUGUUGCGCGUCCC